AUGCUACUCAAAUAUCUUUUAAUAACAUUUACCAUUGUAGCAUUCGCUUGCAUGGUUUACGCUGCACCUCAAGAAGGAUAUUCAACUAAAUAUGAUAAUAUCGAUUUAGAAUCGAUUCUUACAAAUGAUCGAUUAUUGGAUUCUUACAUAACAUGUGUCGAAGGAACUGGAAAAUGUACAGCUGAAGGUGAAGAAUUAAAAAAAUAUUUUAAAGAUGGUAUUGAAACAUGCUGCGCCAAAUGUUCUGAAAAACAAAAGGAAGGAUCCCAAAAAGUAAUCAAUCAUUUAGAAAAGAACAAGCCAGAAAAAUUGGCAGUACUUAAAGCGAAAUUUGAUCCAACUGGUGAAUACGAAAAAGUAUGCAAAAAACAAUGAGAUGCUUCAACUUUCGUAUAAUUUAUAUUCCUGAAUUGUACAUAAAUUGGUAUUAUAUUUUGAGGAAUAAACUUCAUA